GGCAGCAUCUCAGCAUGCUGUUGAUGAGGGUACAUGUAGUCUACCGUGACAGUGGAGGGAUUCUCAAGUCGAGCACCAUCACUGUGCAGUCAUUUAUCUGGUAUUCAAUGGCAACAACUGAUUGUCCACAACCCUCCUUAGAUCGAAUACCUUGGAAUCUUUAGAAGGGAGCAGAUCCUCGAACUAAUCCCUGGCAAUUGACAUCACCAUUGGUAUCCACCCAACAGAACCCUUCAACCAACCUCGUUUUUCUUCCUCUUGGAGCUCUACCUGCGCCAAGACUAGCUACUAACCAACAAUACACACAAUGUCGCAAUCAGAACUACAAGAAGCAGCAUCGGAUUUCAAGGGCGAUUCCCGGAUGAGUCUAUCCAACGAUAACGCCAUGGGAGCGAGCAGCAAGUAUUUGAAGGAGCAUCGCAAGCGACGCCUUCUCCCCACCAGGGGAUUGGAGACGGACCGGUUUUCGAUUCGUGUGCCAGCCGACUUUGAUGCUGCCCACACGGCUGCCGAAACGCAUGGUCAUGAUCACUGGAAGGUCAAACUCUUGCACUUUGUCCAUUCCAAGCCUGUCCAAUAUACCCUUUCGGCAAUGCUAUUGGCAGAUGUCAUUAUCCUGUUUGUCGAGCUCUUCCUCCAGGCUUCCUUUCCGAACUGCCAAAUUAUUGUGCGGGAUGCCAUUUCCUGCUGUCCCCUUCCCGAAACCAUUACCACAACGUUAUCUGGUCUAGUAGAUGAUGGUAGUGGCGGCAACAGUACCGACAUGUAUCCCGAGGACGAUCAUAAUCAUUAUUUCCGAUUCUUGGCGGAAACCACUGGUGACAGCCACAGUAGUGGCACCCACGGAGACGGGCAUCAGGAUAUUUGCCAACUUCCCGCAGUGGAAAGUCAUCACUACGAGGCUGGUUGUGACGGUCACAAAUGGUACAUGGUUCAUACCAUUGAGGAGGUUCUGUUCGUGUUCACAAUUACCAUCUUGAGCAUCUUCUUUAUUGAACUCAUCAUCAUCAUGAUUGUCCUCCAAAAGGCAUUCUUCAAACAGUUGUUCUACGUCUUGGAUUUUGUCAUUGUCUCGGUCAGUUUGGCAUUGGAAAUCGCCUUGGCCGUCUUGCAUGCAGAUAUCUUGGCGACCUUGGCGGGCUUGUUGAUUCUCGCCCGAGUUUGGCGCUUUGUACGGAUUGGUCAUGGCUUGAUUGAGUUGACUGCCGAAUUCCAAGCGCAGGAUAAGGAAGCAUUGUUACAUUACGCAGAAGAACUCGAAGAAAAGCUGCUGGAGAAUAAGAUUGCUCUACCCGAGAAGAGCAAGCAAGUAAAGAGUAUUGUAAAGCGAUUGACCAGUCAUGGUGAUGGCGGGGCCGAGCACAACAAUUCACACGAACAACAGGAAGAGGCAAAGCCUGGAGAGUCGGCCUUGUAAGCAGUUAUUCAGCUAGCUAGCUGGGUGAUGCUGGUAUGGGAUUGUUCAAUCAUAGCCUUGGAACGAUCCUCUUUGACUGUCGCUGGUGAAUCGACGGCUUUGUACUGUCAGGACACGAAGCAUGAAAUCACGGGAGACGUGGUUUCAACUUGAAUCCUUGUAACUAAUCAAUGUAUUCAAUAACUGUAUUUGGUAGUCGCGCUCUGAGAACGAGAUGAACGAUACCCUGCCCGGUAUUGGCAAGCAUCCGCUUCCACCAAUCGUAGUAUGACCAUAGUAUUACUACUAGUAAGAGGUCUGUUAUGGAACCGAACAGGAACAUCAGCCAACGGUAAAACAGCGAGCAAAAGCAAGAUUGUAACAGGUUCUCGAUUAUUAAUUUAAAAGGAUUCUAUGCCACUGGCAGGCCACUUUUGACCUAAUUCCAUCGACUUCUUGACCGAGUAGGUUGGUGAGAUAAGCAGCUUCGUCCGCAAACAGGUGCGAGCAAAGUGGCAAUAGUUUUUUCUUUGCUGUGAUCUCCAUGUUGAGUGCUCGGUUGGAUGUAGGCGUGCUUUCUUAGGGAGUAGUGGUUUCUUCUUCAGUAUCUUUCACCAAUGGUGGGUCAAGGGUAAAGCCAUAUCCGAAUGGUCUGACUCCAGCACCUUCAAGUCCAAAAGAUUGCAGAACUCCAGCAAGCCUUGAAAUGGCUUCAUCCACAGGUCCAUCCCAAUUCACACUGGCCGAAACGGGGUUGGCCAUGACCACAACAAAAACCACAAGGAAGGCCCGAAACAUGUUGAAUUGCACCAUUUUGUUUGAUUUUUCGAACGUACUACCGGCGGUGGUGUUUGAUGCUGAACUUGUGUGAUGAAUGAUCGAUCGAAUCUGUAACAACACUCUUUUGCAGGGCUCAGCCCUGGGGAUGAAACGGCGAUUUCGAAAUGCACGUUAGCGAUUUAUGUGGCUUUGACUUGGCAUCGCCCCACUCUCCAGAGACCUG